CUCUGCAUUUACCUGGCGACACUCUGAGGUGGCUGAUACCCGCGGAAAAAUGGUCAGCAUAUUCAAGAACUCCCUGCUGCAGGCUCACACGAGAUACCAACUUUUGGCCACUCUAAUUGUAAAUAUCAUAACCUUCGGCCAUGGACUGGGAGUGGGUUGGCUGUCACCCACACUGACCAAAAUCCAGACGCCCGAUUCGCCGCUGGGCUUUGAGGUUAACAUAGAUGAAAUAUCCUGGAUGGGUUCCAUGUUGGGGCUGGGCAGUUUGGCCGGAAAUCUGGUUGUGGCCUUCCUGCUGGAGAGGGCUGGCAGGAAAUUCUGCAUUUAUCUGCUGGCAGUACCCUAUGCAUGCCUCUGGAUUUUCAUAUACAGUGCCUCCAAUAUAUACUUCCUAUAUGCUGCUCGAUUUUUGUGUGGUUUCACUGGUGGUGCAGCCUAUGUGGUGGUGCCCAUUUUCAUCAGUGAAGUGGCAGACACCAGCAUUCGAGGUGCCCUGACUUCCAUGGUAAUGUUGUCGGUGGAUUUUGGCGUACUGGCUGGCUUUGUUCUCAGCACCUAUCUGUCCUAUCACGUGGUGCCCUUUUUGGGCCUCAUAGUGCCGGUGGCCUACUUUACUGCCAGUUUAAUGCUACCCGAAACAGCUCCAUAUCUUCUUAAGAGAAGCCAACUGGGAGCGGCUGAGAAGUCCUUCAAAUAUUACAAAAACGAGAGGGCAGGCAGUAGCAAAGCUGACUUUGAUGAUCUGCGCACUAGUAUUCUGGCUCAGCAGACCAACAGCCCCUCUGGUUGGAGCUACAAGGAUUUGGUUACCAAGCCCGCCCUAAAAGCCUUUGCUGCAGCUACCGUCCUCUGCACUGGCUUCCAGUUCAGUGGCAUCUUCAGUUUCAUCAACUAUUCAUCGGACAUAUUCGCCAGGUCAGGAUCCGUCCUGGAUCCCAACACAUGCACAAUCAUUAUAGGCUUAGUGCAAAUCAUUGGGGUCUACACUUCCACCAUUUUUGUGGACAUUGUGGGCCGACGACUGCUGAUGUUGAUCUCAAGCUUGGGUGUGGGAAUCGGAUGUAUUGCCUUCGGCUGCUUUACUCACUUUGCACAGUCCCAUGAUCUCGGUGACUUCAAUUGGCUGCCCUUGGUGCUGAUGGUUUUCAUCCUGUACCUGGCCAACGUGGGCCUCGUAGGACUCUUCUUUCUGGUUAUCGUUGAGGUCUAUCCAGCCAAGAUACGUUCCUUCGGCACUUCGGUGUCCAUUAUUUGGAUGAGCCUCAUGGUGUUCUGCACUCUGAAGUUGUUCCCCCUGAUGCUGCACUUUUGGGGCGUCUCCUGGACGAUGUGGUUCUCAGCUACAUCCAGUCUGCUUACCUUCGUCUACUUUCUCUUUUUCUUGCCCGAAACUAAGGGGAAAUCGAUGGUGGAUGAUUAAACUCUUAGUUAUAAGCUUGCCAGAACAUCGUUGCAUUUUAUUUCAACUAAUUAAAUAAAAAUAAGCCAGUUUCUAAUUCGUAGAAU